AUUAAUCCGACGCUCUUAAUUUGAAGGCUUGAUCAACCCGUUUCCGGAGUGCUUUAGCUAGCUUUGGCUAACGACAAGCUAAUGUAAAAAAACGGCUCGACUGGCAGCGUUGGCAAGCGUUACUGGACGUCAACAGAGAUAUAUUUUUUUAAUCUAUGAAAACGUCAUUACACAACACUCCAAAUAGGGGGAAGACACCUAAUUUGUCAGUUUCUGCGCUCCUCUGAGGAGAAAACUCUGGGCGUCAGGUGGAGAUGGAUGUUUACUCCUCAGUAUAGCCUCUGAAUUAGUAGGACCUGUUGCCAGGUGAUCUCACCGAUCAACAUGAAGCCUGUCAGCUACCAAAGCAUGCCAUCAUCUAUGGGCGGUGGACAUCCUAACUUGGCCCUGGGUCAUGUGUUAAGCACUUCCAAUGUGAUGUAUUGUGAGAAAUGCGGAUUUGCUUCCACAGACGCUGCAGUGUUCAAGAAGCAUAUGAUUGAGCACAUGGGGACAAGGUUUUACUGCUUUUAUUGCAACAAUGUCUCGUUCAGUGAGGCAGAGCUGAACGCUCACCUGAAGCAACACACUGCUAAGUAUCCGUUCAAGUGUCCUCACUGUGGACAGGGCUACAUGAGGAGGCUGUGCCUUGUGAAGCACAUUGAGCGUCUGCACAGUAAAAGCAUUACUCAAGGACCCACUAAGCCUGGCAUGACAAAAACUCCACAUGUCCCUGUCUCCAGUGCCUUACCAAGUGUGCCCACUGCUGAUCCAUCGACACUCCGACCACUUGUUCGAGUGACAGUACCAACGCCCAGCACACCUGCACUCAGACUAGGAAAAGAUGAACAGAAAGGCAAAACACUGGACACAAAUUUAUCCAAUGCCACUAAUGGUCAUGCAGAACUCUUGUCCCUUCAGAAUGGACCCAUUCAACACAACAGAGCUUUCACUGUAUCACUUCCAGAGGAAGUAACAAUCCCUGCUGGCUGCUUGGUUGAACUUGUAGAGGUGAAAACUGUCAAUGGGACAAAGGAGCUAAAGCUGAGGCUCUUCUCUCAACAGGAAAAUGAGUCUGUGAUAAAAGACGGAAGGACCACAGUGUCUCAAAACACUGCACUGGGAAAACCAUUAUCAUCUGCGUUAAAUCAUCCAAACACAGUAAAGUCUACUAGUAUGGGGAUGUGCACAAUUAACAGGAAACAGUUUGAAACAAAGACUGUGAAUGUGGAACGACCAACUGUUGUCCCAGCCAAUAUUUCCAAAAGCCUUUUAAAUCAAGUAAGCAAAGAAAAAUGUGGAUUGAAAAGAACAUCACAAGAAGUUAUCAACUUGGAAUGUCACACAGUCACCCCAAACAAAGUUUCCAAAAGUAUCGUCAAUCUUGUAAGAGAAAGAAAUAGUGGGAUCAUUGUCACGCAGAGAGAACCUGCAAACCACAAUGCAGGGCAUGCCACUGUUAUCUGCAGCAGGGCUGUCAAUAGUUUGACAAGCAACCUGCAUCCAGAAAACAUAGGAACACAUGUUUCUCAGAGAACAGUGGACGAGAGAAAAAGUUUUAUUCCAGAGCAUUCCAAGAUUAUUUCACCCAGGAGGCCAAGUGACAUAAAAAGCACUCCUCAAGAUGUGUCAGUGGCCGUUAAACUGGAACCUGGGGAGACGCACCUCAAAGACAACACUCCAAAAAUAAAGAAAGAGGCGGUGGGUGUGAAGCAGCAAAGUUUGAAAUCACCCUCUCCUUCCUUGAUUGUUCCCUUAGCUGCAACUGCCCAAGUGAGACCUUCAGCAAUCUCACUCUGCAAGGAUAACCUCUCUGCAAAUCCAUCCUUUCCGGUACCUGGCACUGCACGGAGGACUCUAAAUGAGCCCCCAUCAGUCAAAACACCUGUGGUUUGUAAUCACACAAAUUCAAAAAGUUCAUCUUGGACUCAGGAAGUCAGAUCCAACGAGAGGGCAGCUGAGGGUGACAUCCCAGAACCGGAGGGGUUUCCUGUCAUCUCCUCUGUGUUUUCAUUGAGUCAACAACCAGAAGAUGUCCAAGGCUCCAUGCAGCCACUGGUAAUGGCUCUGCGUGGCAUAGUGAUGGAUAAAAGUAACAACAGUAUCACUGGAGAUCACAUCAAGAUAACAAAUGUCAGCACAGAGAAGAUGAAGGAGGCACCGACGUCAGGAAACUGCGCUCAGGUGCCCAAAAAAAAUGGAUCCUUCACACAUGACUGCUUAUUGAAAGAGCGGAUCAGUAAGUCAGUCAAAGUAGAAGAGUCUGAUAAAGGUAUUCAGCACCCUCUUGCACUGACCCAGAAAAAUCUCCAUGUCAAGAAGGAAGAAAAAAACACUACGUUGACAGACAAAGAUAAACGCAGUCAAACUCCUGAUUUAAAGUCUUCAACAGACAAGAAACCUGUUUCCGAACUUGCUUCACAUGUAGAUUCAUCUGUCACUGCAGACCCCCUACAGCAAAUACCUGUUAUGGCAAAAAGUGAGCAUGAUAUCUCUUCAAAAUUCCUGACUGUCUCUUUGAAAAGGGUACAAGUAGGCGUGUGGAAGAAAAGCAAGAAAGGACUGAAACUUAGAAUAUCAAAAUAUAAGACUCAGAUACCCGUGGGCCGUCUGACUGACUGUACAGUUAUUCACCCCAUGCCGCUGAAGGUGGACCAACCGGUGAAACGACCAGGCCCGAACCAGCCCGUGGUGGUACUCAAUCACCCAAAGCCCCGGGCCCCCGUACAGGGCACGAGAGCAGACACUGUUGCUGACUCAGGAGCCUCUGAGGCGGUUCCAAAGUGCCAAAUCUUAAAAAUGAGGCUCAGCAAAGUGAUGGGACAGAAAUAUGAGGUGAUGGGGUGCACUGUUGGGGUCUUUCCAUGAAUUUCAACGGACACAAGUGUACAUUUAUGAGGAAAUAACUAGUAUUACAAUAGGAAUUCUGACUUCAAAAAAAUGACAAAUUAUUUGGGCAAUUAUUUUAUUUAUGGGAGCAGAAGAUGAAGGGCAUAUGGACAUAUCUGAGCGUCACUGAACGUUGUUAUAUGUUGUCUAAAUAUGCAUGGGAUAAGGAAUAAUCAAGUGCAAUGUAGUUUGACUGCUUUGAGUCAUAGAUCACAACUGCUGUAGUAGGUUGCAGUCAUAAAUACACAGAUGUUAAGUGCUGUUUAAGAAGUCUUAGAAGCCAGUAGGUCUGUCAAAGUGGAAGGCAUUAAGACAUGCUGUUCAUUUAAAAAGGAAAACUUGCUGUAUUUUUUUUGUUUGAGAUGAUUAAACCCACUCAGAAUCAAAAAAAAUAUACAAUUAAGGUUCUGUUCAAGUAUUAAUCCCCAUUUUACUGUAGUUAAUUCUCAGAUUAACAGAACAGUCCCAACAUAAGGAGAGCAAAAAGUCCCUUUACAGUCACCAUAUAUGAACUUGGAGGACUUAAAGCCUGGAAAACGUUUUGCUCUUCUGACAGUGUUCCUCUUCCUCAUUUGAUGCGACAAUGACUAGUUGUAGAUAGACGCAUGCAAAAAGUCACAUUUCAAGACCAAUUACCUUGUAAAUUUUUCAUCUCAAAGGCUCCUCUAGAUGCAGCCUGUGGUUUUCUUUUGUCCGGUUUUUAAAAGGUCACAAUCGGUGCAGCUAUCAUUAUCCCAUAAUCACAGUCAGUUGUGAAAUGGUGCACUCAGGCAAUCUUUGCACAUUUUCCAGAUUUUUAUCAGUCACUGGUAAAUAUAUCACGUAAACUAGAUCGUUGAGAAAGCCACUGCAAGGUGUAAAUAACGGAAGCUUGUAACGAGUGUCUUAGGGAGCGGUAUAGAUAUGUUGUAAACCACAGAGUGUUAGAGAAAUGGAAGCUGUGUUUGUCAGCUGUCCAUCAUGUGUUGUGUGAAAUCACAGUUAUACUUGGGUAUUAUGGUGUAUGCUCCAGCUUCCCACUGGUAUUUAUCACUUUGCUGGCUUUUCUUGGUGAUUAACUUGAAAGUUUGUGAUUUUACGAGUUAACAAGCAGUGCCUGAAUGCACCAUUAGUAUUGUUUUUUAUGAGACUUGGGCUUAAAAGCGAAAAUUUGGACGUCUACAGAAUUGUGCAUUUCAUUGUCGAGUCUCACAUGCAUCUUUGUAAUCGAAUAUUAUAUUAUUUUUACUGUUUCCAACACAUAAAGUGUAUGUUUUCAUUGAAUAUAAUGUGUAAUUAGCCACAGAUAUUUUAUAAUGAACCUAAAUGAGUUACAAUCCUAGAAACAAGUGUUAAUGCGGGGAAAAAAAAUUUUUUUUCAACUUGUGUUGCUGCUUGUGCCAUAUAGUUUGCUUUCUCUUGAGGUCCCAAGUUCCAUCCGCACUUUGUAGAAAACCCAGGAGCUCCUAAACAAUAAUGCAAUGCAUGAUGGAGUGAUUAAAAACAAGCCAGACGGGUUUAUUACUGUAAGAGAAAGACAGACACAUACUUGUAUUUUAUAAGAUUUUACCACCAUGUACCAUAGAUACUCAGUGACUGUGGUGACUCUGGGGAACUUGAAACUUGUUGGAACUUGUAUAGUUUUCAAAAAGCAUCACAUAGGACAUUAGCAAUCUUCUUUCCUGAUACUUUGCAGAUCUAUUUGUCUUCUUCUGACAGCAUUAUGACACCUGUGUGUCUUUGUUUAUAACGUAAUAAUGACAUAUGAGGUGCUAGACCUAUUAUUAAAUGUAUAGGUUUUGGUUACCUACAGUUUUUAUUGUGUAUAUACGUUUUGGUCACCCACUGAUUUUAUUGUAUAUUUACCUAUAAAUAUAAAACGUGAUGAUGGUGUUCAUACUCCGUAGGGAAUGCCUGACAUUCCACGGCCUCUUUUGCCACAGCGGUUAUGUUGUGCUUUACUUUCCUAACAUUGCAGUGUCUGAAGCUGCCGUGCUGUACUCCGUCUUUAUUAUAUAUAUAUUAUUUUAAAAGGUGUUUGACAGUCCUCUCUGAAUGUUUUACUUUGCCUUUUAUUCAUUGUUCAUUUGUGGGAGAAUUACUCAUGUUCCAGUUGAAACUGUUUUACUACAUUCUGUGUUCAUUUUCAUCGUGUCCCAUGCUUUUAUAAUAACAAUUGUGUAACAAUUUUUUUUUUUCUAUUAAAAGAAAGUAAACAUGAUCACAGUUAA